CUUCAGUUAGUAUGUUAUAAAUUCAGUUGUUGUUUUUUUCUUUAUCUGGAGACAAAAAAAAGACAUUGUUAUAAUUUCACUUGAACAAUGAGGAAAUGUGAUAAUGUCAGCGGGUUAAAGAAAAAUAAAUACAUUCAUAGAAAUGUUAACGAGGUCUCUUGCGCAUGCGCGGUUCGUGUUACAGGAAUGGCCGGAGCGUCUGCGACCUCUAACGGUGCGACUGAAAAGCGCUCCGGAGAGGCAGAAAAAGAGUGUAAAAAAGGAUGGUUGUGCAAAAAAACUCAUUUUACACGUCGCUGGAAGCCGGCUUGGUUUCAGAUUAAAGACUCCAGACUUUACUACGGCGGAAAAGAAAAGUAUCCGGUGAAGUCCAUCAGUCUGAUUGGGGCAGGAAUUGAGGCCCAGGACCAGGAUGGACAUUUUGACUGGACUAUAAGACCACAGGGAAGUGAAAGAGCAUAUUUCUUUCGGGCUGGCUCAGCUGAGGAGCAGCAGCAGUGGAUGGUGGCUAUCUGUGAAGCACAGAUGGGUUCUGGAGAGCACACUUCCAAUGCAUGUGUGAUCCAGUAGUGUGUGUGUGACGAGGAGGUCCAUUCCACCCCUUAGAAAGAAAUAAAAUUAGCUUGUCAAAUAAUUGAGCAUCCUUUCCAGUGGCUAAAAAUUGAGUAAAAAAACCCUAAGUGGAGUCCUAUUUUUAUUAAUGUUAACAUGCUAACAGAAAGCCUAACCAAAGCCAGCCCAAGUAAACCAACAACCAACACAAAAAUCAUAGAACCAGGGCUACAAGUGACUACAGAAAUCAUAUAUCUGCAGAAUGUCAUUCAAAAACAAACCUGUAAAUUGAAUUGCAGCCCAUAUUAAUGCUGGUUAAGAAAAUCAAUCAACACCACUUGAAUAAUCAGUAUCAAGCACUGAACUUAAACAUGAACAUAACACAAUUCUAAAAGUAAAAAGGCAUAGAUUAAGUCAUAUGUAGAAGUUUCCCUAAAAUAUAUCCUGCAGUUUGAAAGGUUUGCAAACUUUACCAUUAAAUUUCCAUUACACACCCACAGGGGGCAGUGUUGUAUAAUUAAACAUGGGAACAUUCGAUCCUAGGAAGAUGCAUUUAGCACUCAUUUGACCUCUGUGCUGCUUUACUUCUCUGUAAAUGUAAUAUAUCAAGAAAGUUAAGUAAAAAGCAAAACGACAUGACUGGAAAAAAGUACAACUCAGCAAGCAGCAUGGUGAAUACGGGCUACUGAUAGAUAUGGUAAUAAUUGGAUUAUACAUCACUGAUAAUUUAGACAGACAGACGGACGGACGGACGGACGGACGGACGGACGG